GAUCUCUCUCUCUCUUAACCGACAUGUUCCACUCCCGAAGAUAAAAACAACAGGAAAUACAACGAAAGAUACAGAGAGAGGGAGAGGGAGAGGGAGAGGGAGAUAAAUAGAUCAUCAUCCAGGCCCAUCUAGCAGCUGCGAUGGAAUUCGUUACCGCCCUCCGGGGCACAUUCGACGACCAGAAGCCCUCGCUGUUUGAGCUCCUCUCCGAACAGCAGCUCAACUCGCUUCUCCCUCCGACGCUGCGAUAUCUCCUCACCGUAGCUACCCAUCGCUACCCGCGCUAUUUGCUACGCGUCGUCAAUUCAUUCGAUGAGCUCUACGCGCUGGCCAUGCUCGUUGUCGAGCGCCACUACCUACGUACGCGCGGCGGCAGCUUCACCGAGCACUUCUACGGCCUGAAGCGAGAGAAGGCCCUGCAUGCCGAGAUCCCACGUGCGGCCGCGAAAGCCCCAGCGCUAGUGCGGGAGACCCUCAAGCUCAGCGAAACCGACGUGUGGAAAAACUUGGCGGUCAUGGUCGCCGUGCCCUACCUGAAGCGGAAACUCGACGAGAGCUACGAGAUCGAGGCCCCGCGCGCCCUUCUCGGCGCCAACUAUACGCGCAUGCCCGCGAACCCCACCCUCAAGCAGCGCUUCUCGCACUACUACAAGUGGUUCAUCCGGAACGUCUACCCGAGCGUGCACGCCGCUUAUUACUUCAGCAUCAUCGCCUUCAGCCUGGCGUACCUGUUCGACAACACCAAGUAUCACAACCCCUUCAUGUGGCUCAUCGGCACGCGAAUACGUAGGAUGAACGCUGCCGACUUCCAGGCUAUUGAGGCCCUGGCAAAGCCGAGACCGGGACAUCCGCCUUCCUCUAGAAGUCUCUUCGACCCGAGAACCCUGGGGCCGAAGCUGCUUGGCAGCCUGUCGGUCCUGCUACCGACAAGCAUCUUCGCGCUCAAGUUCCUCGAGUGGUGGUACGCGUCGGAUUUCGCGAAGCAACUGUCGAGGAAGGCGACCGAGAAUCUCGAGCUGCCACCGCCUAUCGUGUCCGGCCUGACCGCUCUGGGCGUUAAGAUGUCCCAGAGGAAGAGCCGGGCCGACGGCCAGGACAAGGACGAGGCGCCAGAUACCGAAAUCCCCCUCGCGGAGGAUGCGCCCAUCGCCACGCCGUCGCUGCUCCCCAUCCUGACGGUGCCCGCGCCGAAAGACUCGGAGCUGUGCCCCAUCUGCGAGGAACAAAUCACCACGGCGACGGCCUGCCAAACGGGCAUCGUGUACUGCUACGCCUGCAUACACAAGUGGCUCGAAGGCACACACCCGAAGCAAGAGGAGUUCAUGGUCGACCGGACAGGCAAGUGGGAAAGCGGGAAGGGCAGGUGCGCCGUUACAGGACGCCGGGUUCUCGGCGGCACCGAGGGCCUCCGACGUAUUAUGGUGUAGGGGAGGGUCGGGCAUGGAGGUAAUCGAAGGGGUUUCAUCGGCAUCUGCAUCGAGUCAGGCACUGGCGUUCAGGGUAGGAUCUUGAAGAGAGACUGGGAGUUUCAGGGUCCAAGAGCGUGCCAUUUGGCAGGUCCAUUC